GCUUGGAGUGAUGGCAAGCCAUCUGAUUUUGCUUCUCGUCUUAGGACUUUGCUUCUUCUCAGUCACCGCGGAUGUGUUUGAGAGCAUUGAUUGUGGAUCAUCUGACCUUACUUACACGGAUGAGAACUCGAUAGUCUGGACGGGAGAUGAUAGCUUCAUCAGCAACGGGUUGCCACAGGCGGUGCAGACUAACAACUCCAUAUCCCAGGUUAUGGACACGCUCAGGGUGUUCACUAGCAGAAAAAAGAAUUGUUACUCCAUCCAAGCUGACAAGGGCGGAAGAGUUCUUGUUCGUGCAAGUUUUUACUACGGAAACUAUGACCAGAAAUCUUCCCCUCCUACUUUUGAUCUUCAAUUUGAUGGGAACGAUUGGGCCACUGUACAGACCAUGAUUGACCAAGUUGUUUAUUACGAGGUAAUUUACGUUGUCAAGGGGGACAGCACCAGCAUUUGUCUUGCUCAAACCAAGCCUGAUCAGUUUCCCUUCAUCUCAGCACUUGAAUUCCGUAGCUUGGGUUCAACCAUGUAUAAUCAAGUUGAUAUCAACCAUGCUUUGCUUUUGAAGAGGAGGGUUGCUUAUGGUACGAACCAAACCGUCAGGUACGUAGAUGAUCCCUAUGACAGAAUAUGGAACCCGAUGGACGGUGGGAACGGAUUAAUUUCUGUAGCAAGUGAUGCCAUUCUAGUUAAUGCUGAAGGAGGAGAUAAUCCUCCAGAACAAGUGUUAAGGAACGCGGUCACUACAUCCAAUGUAUCUGAAUUCAUACAACUAGGCACCGGAUUUCCUCCUGUUGAAGUUCCAGUUUACAUCAACAUGUAUUUUUCUGAAGUUACUCAGCUCGACUCAACUCAAAAGCGAUCCUUUAGAGUCUUCAACAAUAACCAAUCUUCCUCCGAUCCCAUUUUGCCACCUUAUGGCAAUUUCUCAGAAAUCUAUUUUAGCAACAUCACAGUUUCCUCCAACACAACAUUUUACUUGGAAUCCACGGCUGGCUCGACACUUCCACCUCUAAUUAAUGCCAUGGAAGUAUUUUUCAUCAGCGACGCGCUAACGGAUGGAACUAACAGCAACGAUGUGGAAGGCCUAGCUUCGCUGCAAAAUUCUUUUGAUGCAUUACAAGAUUGGAGCGGUGAUCCGUGUCUCCCAGCUCCAUAUUCAUGGGAUUGGGUCAAUUGUACAAGUGAUGCUACACCUCGCAUAACAGCAUUGAAUUUAGGUAGCUUUGGUCUGUCAGGGACCCUUCCAGACUUUAGUUCCAUGGGCAGUCUCGAGAUCAUUGAUUUGCACAAUAACAGCCUGGAUGGACCAAUUCCUGAUUUUCUUGGCGCAUUCCCAAACCUUAAACAAUUGAAUUUGGGCGAUAACCAGUUCAGCGGCCCAAUACCUGCCUCGCUGUCAAAGAAGAACGGCUUAAAUUUAGUGGUGACGGGCAAUCCUGACUUGUGCACCUCUGGCAAAUCGUGCCAAAGUGCUCCCACGGCUACGUCAGGGAGUCCGGCAGCCAGGUCCUCUAGGGGUGGCAAGAAGAAGAAAAGCAGCAAGGUACCUGUGGUAGUUGGAGUCACGGUUCCGGUUUUCGUUCUCAUCUGGGCUGUAGUUGGUGUUCUUGCUAUAUUACAUCAUAAGCGAAAAUCAGCUGCAAUUGCUGCAGUCUCCGCAGGUCAAAAUGGAAAUGGUGGAGCUAAUACGCCCAAUGGGGCAGCAAUAAAUCCUCAAAUGAUUGGUAAAAUUGGCAUGGCUGUUAUGAACGAGUUCAAAGUGAAUGUGGACGAACAGGGCACUUUUUCAGAGAAUACUAGCAGUACCAAUGGAACAACGCAACAGGCCUGAGAAUGGAAUCGCUUGUGAAUUUGGCCAUCUAUUUUCCGUUCCCCCCCGGGGCGGCCCUUUCCCCUUUUACAGCUCAAUUGUAAUUUCUUUCUUCAUAAUGUUCAGUCCUAAAUGUUGUCCCAAUAGUUGUGUCAAUUUCUACAACUGGAUUCUUUCUAAAAUCAUGUACAUUUAUAGGG